UUUCGGCGAGCGGCUCUCUCUCUCUAAAAAUUAGCUGCUCAUCUGUCUCUCGGCCUGUCUCUCUCUCUGGUAUAUGCUUUCCAAUUUCCAUUGCCACUGCAACAAAUAAAUAUAUAAAUAUAUAUUAAUCUAUAUAUAUAUAUAUAUAUAUAUAUAUGCAGCAGAUCGCUUCUACUCUUCCAGCUCAUAACCUUCACCUGUUUCAGGCCAGAAGAGCUGGCUUUCAAUGUCGAGAAUCGCCCUUAAAACCUACACUAAAACCCAAACUCACUACGGUUCUGAAUCGGGUCUCUUCUUCCACAGCCUCCACUCGAAUCCACCUUUCCAACCUCGAAAAGCUUAUCCAAAAGCAGAACCCACCUCCCCAAUCCGACCCAGAACCCGUUCGCCCCGAUCCACACACUACCUCGCCGGAAAACAAGGGACGCGGCCUCCUCGAAGGCCUUAAUCUCUCCAGACUCUGGCAGGACUCGAAGGCCGCCGAGGAAAUGUCCCCGCGCCACCUCAACCGCCUUCAACGCCUCUUGUCAAUGACGGCAGAGUACUCUCCGAGGAACAAUCUCGGCAGCCGGUGGCGGGAGUACCACGGCUGUAACGACUGGUCCGGCCUCCUCGACCCGCUCGACGAGAAUCUCCGGCGAGAGGUGGUCCGGUACGGCGAGUUCGUGCAAGCAGCGUACCAUGCUUUUCAUUCAAAUCCCGCCACGUCGGCAAAAGGAGCUCCAAGCCCUCAGCACGUGGCGCUGCCCGAUAGGUCAUACAGGGUGACUAAAAGUCUCUACGCCACGUCAUCUGUCGGCUUGCCGAAGUGGGUGGACGACGUGGCUCCGGAUCUCGGGUGGAUGACCCAGAGGUCCAGCUGGAUCGGGUACGUGGCCGUGUGCGACGACCGUAGGGAAAUCGCCCGGUUGGGGAGGCGGGACAUCGUCAUCGCGCUCCGAGGAACCGCCACGUGUCUCGAGUGGGCCGAGAAUCUCAGGGACCUACUGGUUCCCCUGCCCGACACGGAGCAACCCGACCAGGGACAACCCAAGGUCGAAUGCGGGUUCUUGAGUCUGCACAAAACACGCGGGGCGCACGUGCCCAGCCUGGCGGAGUCCGUGGCGGCGGAGGUCCGGCGGCUGGCGGAGCUCUACGAGGGGGAGACGCUCAGCAUAACCGUGACGGGGCACAGCCUCGGCGCCGCCCUGGCGCUGCUUGUGGCGGACGAAUUGAGCAAGGCUGCGCCAAAGGCCGCAGAGGCGGCGCUGCCGCCGGUGGCGGUGUUCUCGUUCGGGGGGCCGCGAGUGGGGAACCGGGGGUUCGCUAAUCGGUUGAACGAGAAGAACGUGAAGGUGCUGCGGAUUGUGAAUUCGCAGGACGUGAUAACCAGGGUGCCGGGGAUGUUCGUGGACGAGAGUCGGAGUAACGCGGAGGGGGGCGCCGCGGCGGCGGUGGAGGAGAGGAUGCCGUGGGCGUACUGCCACGUGGGGACGGAGUUGAGGGUGGAGACCAAGAUGUCACCGUUUUUGAAGCCGAACGCCGACGUGGCGUGCUGCCACGACCUGGAGGCGUACCUGCACUUGGUAGACGGGUUUUUGGCGACGAACUGCCCGUUUAGAGCAAACGCGAAGAGGAGUCUGGCGAGAUUGAUGAACGAGCAGGGAUCCAAUGUGAAGAAAUUGUACGUGAAGAAGGCGAAGGCAUUGAGUUUGAAGCCUGAAAAGGAGAGAGGCUACUUUAACAUGCCGACUUGCUUGCCUAGCCCAUCUUGAUUUCUAGUAAUUACCUGAUAAGUUUGCCGCAUUGCCCACCAUGUUUUUUUGUGCAUAGGCACAUGCUAAUUGUGCUGCCUGUGCCAUUGGCAGCCCUUGAGUUUUUCACUAAGAGGAGAACUCGUGAAGAUUAUGGGGUUGUUUUAGGAAUGUAGAUUUGAAUUUAGUUUUUCAAAUUACCUGUGUACCUAUUUUUGAACAUAUUAUCCUCAUGAAGGAUAAGGUGUUUUAAUGCAUAAUAACAAGAUAAUACGUGUAAGGAAA